AUGACUCAAUCAGGUUGUUCAACAAGUUAUGAAUUCGUGGUUUUACCAGAAAUUCUAUCAUCUGAAACAGAAACAAAUCCCACAUUAAAAGAAUCCACUUCAAGUGAACUCCCGAAAGAAUCCAUCAAAGAAUCACCCACUAAAAAUCGCACAUCUCGACCUUCUGAAUGUCUAAUCUGUGGGAAUACAGCCAACGGAUAUCAUUAUGACGUGGCUUCAUGCAAUGGGUGCAAAACCUUCUUCCGGAGAGUUUGCCUCUCGGAAAAGGCGUUUGUCUGUAAAUCCAAUGGAGAUUGUUUUGAUUUGACAAAGAGAAAAACUCCGUUGAAAUGCCGUGCUUGUCGGCACCAAAAGUGUAUAGCAGUGGGAAUGAAUCCGUUGGCAAUGGAAGUUGAUGAAAAGGAAGCAUCUUCUUCUAACUUCAAAAAGCUAGUAAAACGAACCAAAGUGAAGGAAGAAGAGCCAGAUGAAGACGACGACUGUCAAGUGAUUGAAGUAGUCAACAGUCCGAAUCGUCAGAAUGCGAAACAAGUGAUAAAAAUAGUCAAUUCACUGGAGAAUAAACUUCAAAAAACUAUCGACAUGCUCGUUUAUUUGGAGUCGAAAGUAGAAAAGUUUCGAAGAUGUUCUUAUAAUCCGAGUUGGGUGGAACUCGAUGGAUUGGAGUAUUUAUUGCAAACAGAAAGUAGAAUAGCAUAUGCGGAUCGAUAUGUGCCAAUGAAAGGCUGGCCCCUACCACAACUACCAAAACCCCCUAAACCUCAAGGGCCACCAAAACCCAAUGAAAGUAGUGAUCGUAAACAAUGGUUUUUCUACAACAUGGUGACCACAGUGGAAUACGCAAAGACAUUCAUGUUCUUCCAUAAACUGGACUCAAGAGAUAAACUGAUUCUGACAAGACACGUGACGCUGGCUUGUAUGAAUCUACACGUUUCCUUUGCAUCUAUUUCGAAAAAGUUUGAAAUUCCAGUGCAACCGGAUGGAACAUCAAGCCAUUUCAGAGAUGAAAGUCACUACAACGCUGUAACAAUGUCAGUGGCUCCUCUUAUCCGGUGUGAAAUUCAAACUGUUGAGUACCUUUUGCUAAAAGCUAUCUGUCUUUGCAAUCCAGCCGUUCUCGAUCUCUCUUCCCAUGCUCAAGAAAUAAUAUCCGUAGAGAGGGAGAAAUAUGCGGAAGCUCUAUUUGCCCAUUGCCUCCGAAAUCGACCGAACGGACCUGAUCACUUUGCUCAAUUAAUUCAAAUCAUUGAUGUACUUGAGAGACAGCAAAGAAUGCAAAAAGACCUGCAUCUACUUCAUAUUAUACCGCAACUCGCCAAUUUGCCAAAAGAUUAUAUAAUACGUGUCAUUGAGGAUGUUAUGGAUUGUGGAAUGUUUUUUUAA